AUGCCUCAGAGAUUGACGUACCGUAGGAGAUUGUCGUACAACACUCCAUCUAAUCGAAGGAUUGUAUCGAAGACCCCAGGCAAUAAACUCGUAUAUUUAUACCCGAAGAAACGAGGUACCUUCCCGAGAUGUGGAGACUGCAAGGAGCGACUUAAGGGUGUAAUUCCCGCUAGACCGAGGAAACUUUCUACGUUUUCUCGAAGACAGAAGAGCGUCACCAGAGCUUACGGUGGUUCACGUUGCGCAAAAUGCGUCUCUAACAGAAUCGUCAGGGCGUUCUUGAUUGAGGAGCAAAAAAUAGUAACCAAGGUUCUCAAGGCACAGAAAGCAGUGAAAUCGUGA